AUGGGUUCUAUAAUCAGUAAAGCUAAAUCAUCUAAAUCCUCAUCAAAAACUGAAAAGAUGUCUUCUCUUCCAUUCACAUACCACGCCAAUGCUCAAACCGAGUUCAAGCCUCCUCUCAUUGCUAACGAGAAUGCAUUCCUCGGUGAUGUGGCAGUAUCUACCGAUGAAGCUGCACCACUAUCAGCUGGCUUCUACAGAUUAGAAAAGGGCACACCAUUGAUCUACGAAUACACAUAUCAUGAGAUGAAGAUUAUCGUUGAUGGAGAGUUUGAUAUUAGCGAUGAAACUGGACAGAAGGUUCAUGCCACCAAGGGCGAUGUUUUCUACUUUCCAAAGGGAAGUAAGAUUACUUUCACUACAGAAACUUUCGGGUUGGGAUUCUUCGUUGGACAGAGAAAGACUGGAACCGCAUAA